AUGUUUUUCAACGUUCCUAUGGUGUUUGGCCUGUUGGCUACUGCCGUUCUCGCUGCACCUGCUCAGCAGCCUCGCUCCACUUCGUCUUCUUCUCCUUCGUCUGGCAAGCGAGGUCUUUGCUACAAUGAUCCCAAAGCCGUUGCUGCUUUCAAGGGCACGGCCGCCGACUCCUGGACUUACAACUGGGGAUCUUCUCCAGAUGGCGACGAAGGCUCUGACUACGUGCCCAUGCUCUGGGGCCCCAAAUUCUUCAACGGCUGGGAAUCCACCUCACGCAAGGUUCUCUCCUCCGGUCGAAAGUUUGUUCUCGGCUUCAACGAACCAGAUCACGGCGAGCAAGCAUAUAUGUCUCCUCCAUCUGCUGUCGAUGCAUUCAAAAAAUACCUGACCCCACUUGCAAACAAGGUUAGCCUAGGGUCUCCGGCCGUUACUAAUGGAGGAGGAGACAUGGGCCUCACCUGGAUGAGAUCUUUCCUUGACACCUGUGGAAGUAACUGCGGAAUUAACUUCCUUGCCGUGCACUGGUAUAGUCCCGCCACUGAAAUAGAAGGGUUUAAACAACAUAUGAAUAAGGCUAUCGACCUUGCCAAAAGCCAUGGCAUUGACCAAGUCUGGCUCACCGAGUUCCAAGGCCUCGGUGACGACCAGGCCCAGAUCAACUUCCUCAAGGAGGCUCUGCCUUGGCUGGAUGCUAACCCGGCUGUUGCCCGGUACUCCUACUUCAUGGCUGACACUAUGGUCUCUGGCGGUCAACUAAACGCUGUCGGUAAAGCCUACGUCGCCGCCUAA